AUGUCUGAUAACGUCCCUCUUACACCACCACGGAGGAGCAGCAGCAGCAGCAGCAACAAGAAACACUCGACUUUCACCACGCCAAACCAAUAUGCCGCUUUACUCACACCAGCAACCAGUGCAAAGAAACCAAAGAGCUUUGGUAAUGCUAUAUCCAGUGGAAAUAAGCUAUCAGUAAUCACUCCAAACACACCUCAGAAGUCACCAUCAAAACUGGGAUCACAAAGAAAGAGAAACUUUAACGAUAUUUUCAAUGAUUCAAGUAGUUUGCAUCAGAGCAGUGAAAAGUUGCCCAUGGGGUUGUUUCUACCCUCUCCUCGUAUUGUUGGAUCUGGAAGAAAUGGCAAACACUUGCCAUCCCCUGCUGCUGUGAAUAGAAAUGAGAUAAGAGAACCAGAGGCGCCCAUGACGCCAGGAAAGCAGGUGAUAACGGAAGAGAUGGUGAAACAAUGGCAGGAAAGUAGUGAUGAUGAGGAAGGAGUGGAGGUUACAACCUGGGAACAAGUUGAAAAAAUCCCCAAGGCAAAUUUGCCCAAUCCUUUCAUAGCAAGUGGAGCAGAUCACAAGACAAAAGAAAUGAGAUCGGACUCAACUAAUCCUUUCCUAGAUAAAGAAAACGCAUCAAGAGACAAGAUUGAUUACAACACUCAUAUGGAAUUGGUAAACAACAAAACAGGUGAACGGAAAGUGGUGAAAUUAACCAAGAAUCAAAUGAAGAUAAAGCCUAAGAAAUUAUCGUUUGAAGGUUUAUAG